GUUUCUGUGUGACAGCUGGAGUACAUUACUUUGAAAGAUAAUUCAAAAAUUACUUUGCCUCGUUGACGCAACGUCUACAUGCAAUAUUGUCCACUUUGGUCACCGGUCUUAUAGCCCCAGCUCCUGCAAAGCAUCUUUUUCUUUUUAUAUCUUUUUCUCUGUACCAGAAACACAGAUUAAGCAGCACUCUCAGUUUUCUUCUUUGCUUUUCACCUUGUAGUUUCUUCAAGCAAAACUUACUCUGUCCUGUAAUUUGACCACACCAGAAAAUAGAAAAUACUCUUAGAUUGCAAGUAAAGCAAACCCAUGGAGAUAAUUAUUAGCAUAGGGGCAAAGAUUAGUGAGUACGCAGUUAAACCUAUUGCCCGCCAACUGGGCUACCUCUUUUACUAUCAAAGAAAUGUAGAGAACCUCAGAACCCAAGUUCAGCAUUUGAAGGAUGCAAAAGAUAGGCUUCACCAUUCCAUUGAUGAGGCAAAGGAAAACGCUGAAGAAAUUGAAACUGAUGUUGUCAACUGGCUUAGCAGAGUAGACAGGAUGAUUUCUGAACAUACAGAGAACUUUCUAACAAAUGAAGGCCAGGCAAAUAUGAAAUGUUUGAGUGGGAAUUUUCCGAAUUUGGUGUCCCGACAUUGGAUGAGCAGGAAGGCGAAGAAGAUGGCACUGGAUGUUGCAAGUGAAAUCCAAGCUGCAGGGGGAUUCCACAAGGUGUCUUACCUUCCAACUAUAACAACUGUUUUCGAAGUCAAAGGCUACAUGGCUUUUCGCUCAAGAAUGUCAACCUUGAACAGAAUUAUGGAGGCACUAAGAGAUCCGGAUGUUGACAAGAUUGGGGUUUAUGGCAUGGGCGGUGUCGGAAAAACUAUGCUUUGCAAAGAGGUUGCUAAACAGGUCAAAGAACAAACGUUGUUCGCUAAGGCCGUCAUGGUUACUGUAUCCCAGACUCCAAGUCUUGAAAGCAUUCAACAAGAAUUUGCGGAGAAGUUAGGACUAAAGUUGGAAGAGAAAAGCAUACGCUGGAGAGCAGAUCGACUAAGAUAUAAAUUGAGAAAAGAAAAAAGUUUGCUUGUAAUUCUAGAUGACAUUUGGGAGAAACUUGAGUUGGAGGAUAUUGGAAUAUCAUUUGGAGAUGAUAAUGAGGGAUACAAGAUACUGCUAACCUCUAGAUCUCAAGAAGUUUUAUAUAAUGAUAUGGGUGUCGAGCUUAAUUUUUUGGUUGGAGUUUUAUCAGAGAGUGAAGCAACUAAUUUGUUCGACAAAAUAGUGGGUGAUACAGUUAGAAAACUUAGCAUCCAACCUUUAGCAAGUGAGAUUGUUAAAGAAUGUGCAGGUUUACCAAUUGCAAUUGCAACCGUUGCAAAUGCAUUAAGAAAUAAAAGUCAUCAAGUUUGGAAAAAUGCAUUGCAAGAGCUAAGCAUUUCCACCCCAACUAACAUCAAAGGAAUGCAUGAAAAAGUCUAUUCUGGUAUAAAGUUGAGUUAUGAUUCUUUGAGAAGUGAGGAAGCAAAGUCAUUGUUGUUGCUUUGUAGUUGGUUUCAUGAGGAUGCAAACAUAGAGAUCGAACACUUGUUGAAACAAGCUACAGGUUGGGGCCUAUUUCAAGGCAUAACUAAAUUGGAGGAGGCAAGAAACAAGGUGGUUACGUUGGUUGAAGAUCUCAAGGCUUGUUGCUUGUUGUUGGAUGGUGAUUAUGAUGGUUGUGCUAAAAUGCAUGAUGUCAUUCGGGAUGUUACUUUAUCAAUUGGAUCUAAUGAUAGACACAUGUAUAAUCUUCGAAAUGUUGCUGAGUUGGAAGAAUGCUUCAGUAGUAGAAAACUCGAGGAUUCAAUUGCAGUUUCACUGCCAGAAAUUGAUCACAUUUAUCAGCUUCCUGAAAAGUUAGAAUUUCCAAAAGUUCAGUUAUUUUGCCUGAGUAGCACAAGUAAACCUUUCGGAUUUAACACGUACUUUCUUUCCUAUGAAAAGUACGGAAAAGGUUUGAAAAUUCCAAACCACUUUUUUGAAGAAAUGAAGGAGCUUAGAGUUUUGGAGUUGAUCUCUAUUCGUUUGAGACCAUUACCUUCAUCCAUUUUUUCCAUUCAAAAUCUUCAAACGCUAUGUUUGCAGUUCUGUGACAUCGGAGAAGUAGGUAUGAUUGGAGAGUUAAAAAAUUUAAAAAUUCUUGACCUCAGAGGAUCUAGCAUAGAAGAGCUACCGAAACAAAUUGGACAACUAACUCAGCUACGAAUGUUAGAUUUGAAAGAUUGUUACAAGCUGAAAGUGGUUCAACCAAAUAUCAUAUCAAGCUUAACAAGAUUAGAAGAGUUGAAUAUGGAAAACAGUUUCAGAAACUGGCAUGUUAAUGGAAAUGAAGGUAAAAUAAGGAAUGCCAGUCUUUUGGAGUUAAAGGACUUGCAUCGACUUACCACUUUAUAUUUGCGGAUACCAAAUGCCGCACUCCUACCAAAAGAAUGUUUUGGUGAAAAAUUGGAAAGAUAUAGCAUAGUAAUCGGAGAUGUUGAUGUUGUACUUUCUGAUUCUAGAUCUUCAAAACAGUUGUACCUCAAGAUCAAUAGAAGAGACAUAUUCAAUGAUCAUGGUCUUGAAAUGUUACUGAAAAAGUCUGAAGUAUUGUAUUUAAGUGGAUCAUCGGGCUUCAACAAUGUUGUUUAUGAAUUGGAUGCGGAAGGGUUUCCACAACUGAAGCAUCUCCAACUAGAAUGGAUUGUUGGAAUUCAAUACAUUAUCAACUCGGUGGAAAAGAUUCAUGCUUGCAGUGCCUUUGUAAGUUUGGAUAUAUUGAGACUUCGUGGUUUAGAGAGUCUCGAAAAGAUAUGCCAUGGAAAACUUACAGAAAAUUGCUUUGGAAAAUUAAGAGUUAUAGAAGUGUACAACUGUGAUAAAUUGAAGAACCUUUUCUCAUUUUCCAUUGCAAUCGGCCUUUUGCACCUUGAAAAGAUUGAAGUGGAUAGAUGCGAAACGAUGGAGGAAGUUAUUUAUGAAAGAGAGGAUGAUUCUCAAAGCAUAAGUAAUGAAACUUUCCAAAAGAUUCCAUUUCCUAAAUUGAAAACCUUGAAGCUGUGUUCUCUACGAAACCUUAUACAGUAUUACUCUCAAGUGGAGACAAAUUGCAGAAAUCAAAGGAAAGACGAGCAAUUGAUUGCAGACUUUGCCAGACCCUUCUUCCACGAAAAGGUCACAUUUCCUAAGUUGAAAAAUUUGACACUGAAAGAGGUUGGUUUCCUGAAGGAGAUAUGGCAUGGUCAAUCUGAAGGUCUGCCUACAUCUGUAUUUUCCGGUUUGGCCUCAUUGAAACUAUCCAGACUGCCCGACUUGAUGCACUUGUGGGAUGAGAACUACCAUACAGACACAGCCUUCUUGAAUUUGAUGGCUCUAGAAGUAUCCAGAUGUGACAGGUUAAAGAACUUAGCACCAUCCUGGAUAUCUUUCCAAAAUUUAAUAUUUUUGGUGGUGUUGAAUUGCCAUGGAAUGGUAAAUUUGUUUACUUCCUCGACAGCGAAAAGUAUGUCACAGCUGAGAAUAAUGAACAUUAGUGGAUGCAGAAGCAUGAAUGAAAUAAUUGCAAAUGAAGGAAGUGAAACAGGAGGUGAAAUUGUUUUCAAUGAACUGGUAGAGCUCGAAGUUUGUGGUUUACCAAGCCUCACAAGCUUCUACUCCGGAAACCUUGUGAUGAAAUUCCCGAAAUUGAAACGUGUACGCAUUGGUCUCUGCCCUGAGAUGAGGAGUUUCUCUCAUGGAUUCGUAAGCACUCCACAACUAGACAAAUUAACGCUACGUUACACACAGUUGGAAAAUGUAGUAUUUGAUAGUGACGAUGACGUGGAAUUGCCAGACGGAUUUAACACAGCAUUGGAUUUUGACGAGUUGAUAAUCAGUGAUGACGAGGUGGACAAUGAUAAUAGAAUACAACACGAGUCGAUAGAAGGCGACAUUAAUACAACCCUAAGACAUCUUUGGGAGAAGGACCAAAUUGGUUUGGUAUUACAACAAUUGUUCACAGAAUAGAUUAUGAAGAAGACUAUGAAGGUUUGGAGAGCACAAGAUAUUCCAUCCCUGUGAAGUAUGCAUCGGUCCCAAACUCCUUUUGCUUUUAUGCUUUUCCUGAUGAAUGUACUUAUAUACGGUAGUCUUUUGCUUCUCAUCAAAUGCAUAAUGCAUUUUGAAACUGUAAGAUAUAACAAGCACACUGUAUUUAUAUGCAUCAGGAUGAUUUGUGGGUAUUUUUGGUUGAUAUCUUAAUGUGAUUUGUGAAGGAAGUUUGGGAUAUUGUCUAGUGUAGAGAUUCUUGGGUGGUGAGGUGAAUGUAUGUGUCAUGUUGAAGAUGUUUUGGUACUUCUUAGACGAUUAUUCCACUUGUGGGGUUCUGUGCAUACUGUUGCAAGCCCAAAACAGAGAACCCGCAAAUUUGGAGUGGCUUAAGACUCAUUCUGUGGCUGAUGUGUGGAACAUUGACUCGGCUAAGUAUCAUUUUUUUUUUUUUUUUUUUUUUUGAUGGGUG